CUACAGCACUUCAACUCUUCACAACAAUAAAGUCCAAUUAAACUCAAAAACCAAUUCUCUUUCUUCAUAGCAUAAUCUCAAGUGUUUUGUUUUUCCAACAUGGUGCAACAAUCACUUAUAUACAGCUUUGUGGCGCGUGGCAUGGUGAUUCUGGCCGAGCACACCAACUUCACUGGAAACUUCGUUGAAAUAGCUUUGCAAUGUUUGCAAAGACUCCCAGCAACCAACACAAAAUUCACUUACAACACCGAUGGUCAUACCUUCAACUACCUCGCCCAUGAUGGAUUUACUUACUGCGUUGUUGGUGUGGAGUCUUUUGAUCGCCAUAUUGCUAUGGCAUUUCUUGAUCGCAUCAAGGAGGAUUUUACCAAAAGAUAUGGUGGAGGAAAAGCUGCAACAGCAACAUCUAAAAGCUUGAAUAAAGAAUUUGGACCGAAAUUGAAGGAGCAUAUGCAAUAUUGUGUGGAACAUCCAGAAGAGGUUAGCAAACUUGCGAAAGUAAAAGCUCAGGUUUCUCAAGUUCAAGAUGUUAUGUUGGAAAAUAUUGAUCAGGUCCUUAAUCGUCAAGUGAAGAUUGAUGUUUUGAUGGACAAAACUGACAACCUUCGUGAUCAGGCACAAGUUUUCAGGAGGGAGGGAGGGCAAUUAAGGAGAAAGAUGUGGUUUCAGAACAUGAAGAUAAAACUAAUAGUUCUUGCUAUCAUAAUUGUCAUUAUUCUCAUAAUUGUUCUUCUUGUUACAUAAUUCAAAUAUAUACCAUUGACAAGCAUUUUCAUGCAAAGGCAACUCCUUAAGCACCUUUUCCUCUCUGUCGUACAAGCCCUAAUUCUGCCUUAAUCAACAAUGUUUUACAGAUCACAAAAAUUAGUUCUUGUUUUUGCUCA